ACAGAAUAUUGGUGAAAGUAUUCUUUACCUGUGGGUGGAGAAAAUAAGAGAUGUCCUAAUACAAAAAUCUCAGAUGACAGAACCAGGCCCAGAGGUGAAGAAGACGACGGAGGAGGAAGACGUGGAGAGUGAAGACGACGGCCUCGUGGCGUGCCAGCCCGAGACCCCAGGGCGAGCGCUGGGCUUGGACGUCGGGGAGAGUCAGACAGGUACUGGCGCUGACGAGCUNCCGCCGAUCGACCACGGCGUCCCCAUCACCGACCGACGGAGCAUUUUCCAGGCGCACCUGGCGCCCGUCGUCUGCCCCAAGCAGGUGAAAAUGGUUCUUGCCAAAUUAUAUGAGAACAAGAAAAUCGCUAGCGCCACCCACAACAUCUACGCGUACCGAAUAUUCUGUGAGGACAAGCAGACCUUCCUGCAGGACUACGAUGACGACGGGGAGACAGCGGCCGGCGGGCGCCUGCUGCACCUCAUGGAGGUCCUGAACGUGCGGAACGUGCUGGUGGUGGUGUCGCGCUGGUACGGCGGCAUCCUGCUGGGGCCCGACCGCUUCAAGCACAUCAACAACUGCGCCCGGAGCAUCCUGGUGGAGAGGAGCUACGCGGGCUCGCCGGAGGAAUCGUCGAAGGCUUUGGGAAAGAACAAAAAAGUGAGAAAGGACAAGAAGAGGAGUGAACAUUAACAGCCGAUACGGCUUAGCGGUCAGCUUACCUGUGACCAGAUGCAGGCCCCUCACUCAUCAGACGUCUGCACGGGGGGCCUGCGGCCCCGCAGCCAUUCAUCACGACACCAGCGCCAUCUCCUCCCUGGUCAUGUCACCCGCCAGCACCAGAGGCCCUGUGAGCACCGUGCGCGCGGCUGGAGCUUCACCGCCACUUCGCCCGCGCGAGGGAGGCAGCAGCGGCCGGGGCGGCGCCUGGACGGUCGCCUCGGCCGCGUCAAGUGCCUUUGUUGGUGGGAAGCGCGGUCUCUCGGGAGGGGCGGCAGCACCUGCUUCUCGUCGAUGCGUUUUGCUGAGGGACACGCCUCGCGCUGUUCUUCCGCCUCGUGGGGUGGACUCGCCGAGGACGGACCUGGGAGAGUUCCCUCCUGUGGUUUCAGUCCUCGGCGUGUCGCCCCUGAGGAUGGCGAGGCGGGCGCGGGCGUGUCUCCGGCCGCCAUGUGCUGGCGCGACUGUCACACCCGUGCUGGCAGGAGUGUGUGCCUCAGUCCCUGCUGCAGGUGGGUGACUGAAUUUCAGAAAGCGGUUUUCCCGCCUCUGCCCUUUUGGUUCCGUCCUUGUGAUGUGAGCGGUGAACGUGGUGCCAGGAGCUCCUCCCGCCCGAGAUGUGUCCGUUCUGUUUCUUCAGCCGGAAGCCCUUUCCUGUGACCCCCACGGGGGAACGAGGGCUGUGCUGGGCGCGAGGCUGUGGCUGACGAGGAGAGAGGACGGGAGAGGGAGAGAGAGAAACAUCCGUGAUGAGACAGAAUCAUGGGUCGGCCGCCUCCUGCACGCCCCCCACUGGGGAUCGAGUGUGCAACCCGGGCCUGUGCCCUGACCGGAAUCGAACCUGGGACCCUUCAGUCUGCAGGCCGACGCUCUAGCCACUGAGCCACACCGGCCAGGGCCCUUACUUGGUGUUUUUAAUAAGAAUAGCUUUCUGCUAGGAUGGAUUCUGAGAAAUAAGAUCUGAAUUGUAUUUGUUGUACAUGUUUAAUGUUGCCAGUUAUCAAUUGUCAUCAGAGGGUGACAUAUAUGUAUUUAGAUAGAACACAUCAAGUUCCAUGUAAAAUUCAGUAUGUCCUAUAUUAACUUAAAAAAAUUGAAGUUAAAAACUACCAAUUAGCAUGAACAUAAUUUCACAAUUUUGGCACAUCAGGCCCGUGGUAGGAGCCAUAAAACGGAAUUUGGUGCUGCAGAAAAGUAAAUGCCAGUCCAUGGUUCUCUGCCACCAGAUUGAAUUUCUUUCUUGCUGAUUCAACUAAUAUUUCCUUAGGUCUUUUAGAAAACCUUUAUUUCUGGGAUCUCAUUUUUCUUUAAAAGCAAUCUUAUUUUUGCUUCUUUCUACAGAAUCAUGAACCACAUUUUCCUGACUAUGGCACCUAAUUUCCUUUGCCCAGGCAGCUAGUUAAUGAGGAGAAUCUCACUGUCUAUGUGUAUGGACCCCUUUCCAAUAUUCGUAUCUGUUUUUCUCCAUUUAAAAGCUUAUCUUGAGUCCAGGCCGGUGUAGUUCAGUGGGUAGAGCGGCGGCUUGCAGAUCGAAGGGCCCCAGGUUCGAUUCCCGUCAAGGGCACAUGCUCGAGUUGCAGGCUCGGUCCAACGUGCAGGAGGCAGCCAAUCAAUGAUUCCCUUUCAUCAUUGAUGUUUCUCUCUCUCUUCCUCCCCCUUCCUCUCUGAAAUAAGUAAAAAUAUAAUUUUGAAAAAAUUUAUCUCGAGUCCAGGCCAGUUUGGGUCAAUGGUCCUCGCACCGAAGGGUCAAGGGUUCGAUUCCCAGUCAAGGGCACGUACCUGAGUUGCAGGUUCAGUCCCCACCCAGUAUUGGGGCUCGUGCAGGAAGCAGCCGAUCGAUGUAUCUCUCACAUCCAUGUUUCUCUCUCUCUCCUCCCCUCCCUUCCAUUCCCUCUGAAAACCAAUGGGAAAAUAUCCUCGGGUGAGGAUUAACAAAAAAAGUUUAUUGCGAUUAGGUUUUCAAAUUCUCCAAGUCAUUUUCUCUAGCCAUCGGUGCGGCGGCAUAUUUUAUGGCACCUUGUACUAGCUGCACGUAUUCCCCACGUGCCAGAGAGGAGGAGCAGGUGGCACCUGCAUUUUAAAUGGGAACCAACGACUGUGGUUUGGAGGCGUGGACCUCGAAACAGCCGGCGUGCAGAGAAGUUAUCAAAGUGCUCACAGCGGGAAGAAGGGCAGGAGGCAGGGCUGAGUGUGGGGGGGGGGGGGCGCUCCACGGUCUGGAGACGGCAUUCGUCGCAUUUGGUACGCGCAUCUUCUAUUUUUCCCCUGCGUGAUUUUGUACAUAUGCUAUUUUUCUUUCCAUAAAAAUGGUAUUAAACUGUACAUACUGUUUUGUAUCUGGAUAUUUCAUAUAGAAGUAUAUUGUUAACAUUUUCCCAUUUCAAUAAAGACUAUUCUACGGCUUAGUUUCUUAUGAUG